AUGAUUGCUUACCUCACAAUCCUUUUCGCAGUUUCCCUCCUCUCCUCAGCGCAACAAGCCGACAUACUCUCCCGCGCAGUGGGACCGUGCAUUGGCGGAAGAUGUCAGGCUGGGCACACCUGCUACUUUGACCAAUGCGUUCCACAAGGAUCAAGGUUUAGAAGAAGUUUCGACAGAGACACCGCUAUCGGACCGUGCAUCGGUAACAGGUGCCCACCUGGCUACUUCUGCCAUCAAAUGGAAUGCUUGAGACGAUAG